AUGACCUCCCUCUUCUUCUCCACCCCUGUCGACAUCGACGUCGUCCUCGAAGACAGUGAUGAACGCCAGACUGUUGACGUCAAGCUCGAUAAGGGCCGUCGCGAGAGGGUCCCUCUUUACAUGGAUGGGGAGUCUGUCAAGGGCGCCGUGACCGUGAGGCCAAAGGAUGGAAAGCGAUUGGAACACACAGGCAUCAAGGUCCAGUUCAUCGGCACAAUUGAGAUGUUCUAUGACCGCGGCAACCACUACGAGUUUCUUUCCUUGGUACAGGAGCUCGCGGCUCCGGGUGAACUGCAACACCCACAGACGUUCCUCUUUAACUUCAAAAAUGUUGAAAAGCAGUACGAGUCCUACAAUGGUAUUAAUGUCAAACUACGGUACUUUGUCCGGGUGACGGUCUCCCGGCGCAUGGCCGAUGUGAUCCGGGAGAAAGACCUAUGGGUUUACUCCUAUCGCAUGCCGCCGGAGACAAACAGUCCGAUUAAGAUGGAUGUCGGUAUUGAGGACUGCCUGCAUAUUGAGUUCGAAUAUUCCAAAUCCCAAUAUCACCUCAAGGAUGUCAUUGUAGGCCGCAUUUAUUUCCUCCUUGUCCGAUUGAAGAUCAAACAUAUGGAGUUAUCCAUUAUCCGGCGGGAAACAACGGGUUCACCUCCAAACCAAUAUAAUGAAAGUGAGACGUUGGUGCGGUUCGAGAUUAUGGAUGGUUCACCGUCACGUGGUGAAACCAUCCCCAUCCGUCUGUUCCUUGGCGGGUUUGAUUUGACACCGACCUUCCGUGACGUGAACAAGAAAUAUUCCACACGCUAUUACCUUAGUUUGGUACUUAUAGACGAGGACGCUCGCCGAUACUUUAAGCAGUCCGAAAUUGUUCUCUACCGUCAAGCUCCCGAAAUUGCAACUACGCCACAGAUAGCCCAGCAGCAGCAGAUUCAGCAGCAGCAACUCCAACAGCAGCAAGCGCAACAGCAACAGCUACCGCCCGGCUCUGCUACACCUGGCCCGGGGCGUAAAGCGUACCCUAGUCAACCAGUCGCUGCUCCCGUUGCAUAG